AAAGUACUUCCUGUAUAAUUCGAAGUGUGUACGAAAUUUUUGAAAAUAACUUUAAUAAGCUUUGUAUCGUACCAAUUAUUUUAAGAUGGAUGUUGACGAGGAAGGAGGAAAGAGAAAAAUGCCGAAAGUGGCCAAGGUUAAGAAUAAAAUGCCUGCUCCAGUGCAGAUUACAGCAGAACAGCUUUUAAGAGAAGCAAAGGAGAGAGAAUUGGAGUUAGUUCCCCCACCUCCUAAGCAGAAGAUAUCAGAUCCUGAUGAGCUCAAAGAUUAUCAAAGAAGAAAAAGGAAGGCUUUUGAGGACAAUAUUCGCAAAAAUAGAAACCUGAUGACUAAUUGGAUAAAGUAUGCGCAGUGGGAAGAAUCACAAAAAGAAAUUCAGAGGGCACGUUCAGUUUUUGAGAGAGGUUUGGAUGUGGAUCACAGAAACAUAACAGUGUGGCUCAAAUAUGCAGAAAUGGAGAUGAGAGCCAGACAAUUGAACCAUGCCAGAAAUAUAUGGGAUAGAGCCAUUACAAUUCUUCCCAGGGCUAAUCAGUUCUGGUACAAGUAUACUUACAUGGAGGAAAUGCUGGGACACAUUGCGGGUGCCCGACAAGUGUUUGAACGCUGGAUGGAGUGGGAGCCUGAGGAACAAGCCUGGCAUUCAUAUAUCAACUUUGAGCUGCGCUACAAGGAAUUAGACAGAGCAAGGAUGAUAUAUGAGAGAUUUGUUCUUAUCCAUCCGGAGGUAAAGAACUGGAUUAAGUAUGCUCGGUUUGAGGAGAAGCAUGGCUACAUUAAUAGUGCAAGAAGAGUAUACGAGAGGGCCGUCGAAUUCUUUGGAGAGGACAACAUGGAUGAAAAACUCAUCAUUGCUUUUGCCAGGUUUGAGGAGGGACAAAGAGAGCAUGAGAGGGCGAGAGUGAUAUACAAAUAUGCCCUGGAUGUCUUACCCAAAGAUCAGUGUCAGGAAAUCUACAAAGCUUACACAGUUCAUGAAAAAAAAUUCGGAAGCAGGGCAGCCAUCGAAGAUGUUAUUGUUAGCAAAAGGAGGUUUCAAUAUGAAGAGGAAGUGAAAGCAAAUCCAUUAAAUUAUGAUGCCUGGUUUGACUACAUAAGAUUGUUAGAGGCCGAUGCUAACACUGAACAAGUGAGGGACACAUAUGAAAGGGCCAUUGCAAAUAUACCACCCUCAAAGGAAAAACGUCAUUGGCGUCGAUACAUAUACUUGUGGAUCAAUUACGCACUGUAUGAGGAGCUGGAGGCAGAGGAUAUGGAGAGGACCAGGGAUGUCUAUAAAGCCUGUCUGGACAUCAUUCCUCACAAAAACUUCACCUUUGCCAAAGUCUGGCUUUUAUUCGCUCAUUUUGAAGUCCGCCAGAAAAAUCUACAGGGUACAAGAAGAAUUCUGGGCACAGCUAUUGGGAAAUGUCCAAAGAACAAGCUCUACAGAGGUUACAUAGAGUUGGAGCUACAAUUACGAGAGUUUGAGAGAUGCAGGAUCCUGUAUGAAAAGUUCCUGGAGUUUGGACCAGAAAACUGUACUUCUUGGAUGAAGUAUGCAGAAUUGGAGACAAUUCUUGGAGACACGGAGAGAGCUGAAGCAAUAUAUGAGCUGGCCAUCAAUCAGCCCAAGCUAGACAUGCCUGAGGUGCUGUGGAAGGCAUAUAUUGACUUCCAGAUUGAGCAAGAGGAGUAUGACAAGACUCGCAAACUGUACAGAAGGCUGCUGGAACGAACUCAACAUGUCAAGGUAUGGAUAAGCUUUGCCAACUUUGAGCUGUCAAUUCAGAGUGAAAAUGGAGAGAAUGUGAUAAAUACCAGAAAGGUUUACAGUGAAGGGAACAAGUCUCUGAAGAACAUCAAUGAAAAGGAAGAGAGACUGAUGUUACUGGAGUCCUGGCAGGAAAUGGAGAGAGACCAGGGCGAUGAGGAAUCUCAGGCGAAGGUUCAGAAACUGAUGCCGCAGAAGGUGAAGAAGAGGAGGAAGAUCCAGACUGAGGAUGGGUCUGAUGCUGGAUGGGAGGAAUACUAUGACUACAUUUUCCCAGACGAGGAGGCGGCUCAACCCAAUCUCAAACUUCUGGCCAUGGCCAAGAAAUGGAAACAAGUACAGGAAACAACCCCGGCAGAAGAGGAAGAGGAAGUGGGCUGAACUUCCUGUUUGUUACUUCCUGUUCAGUUGUUAUUUGCAAUGUGAAAUAUACAUUCUCUGUAUAAAUGUCUUUCAGUAAGAAAUGACGAUUAGGACUGUGCUGGCCGUGGUAUAAAGUGGACAAUAGAGAGGAAUGGUGAUGUCAGACUGGUUGUUAAAUCCAGUAACUGUAAUAAAAUUAUGACAACACUUUA